AUGGACUCGACUGGCCGCCUGGCGCUGAUGUUUCUGCCCCUGCUUAUGAUCGGGGCCGCCCCCGGCCACCUGGUUCAGGAGCACAUAGGAAAUAACGCGGAGAUCUGCCUCCUGCCCCCCGACGAAGGGCCCUGUAGGGCCCGAAUUCCCAGCUACUACUACGACAGGUACACGCAGAGCUGCCGCCAGUUCAUCUAUGGGGGCUGCAAGGGCAACGCCAACAACUUCGAAACCUGGGCGGCCUGCCAUGAAGCUUGCAGGAGGAUCGAGAAAGUUCCCCACAUUUGUCGGUUGGAAGUCAAUGAGAAUAUAUGUGAGGAGCCCAGAGAAAUGUAUUUCUUCAAUCUAAUGACCAUGACAUGUGAAAAAUUCAUGUCUGUUGGUUGUAACCGUAAUGGAAACCAGUUCUCUGAUAAAGCUUCUUGUAUGGACUUCUGUGCACCAAAGAAAAGUCCAAUAUUUUGCUACAGCCCAAAAGAUGAGGGUCUGUGUUCUGCUAAUGUGACUCGCUAUUAUUUUAAUACAAGAUACAAAACUUGCGUGGCUUUCACCUAUAGUGGCUGUGGAGGGAAUGACAAUAACUUUAUUAACAUGAAGGAUUGCACACGUGUUUGUGCAAAAGCAUUGAAGAAGGGGAAGAAAAAGAAGAUGCCAAGGCUUCGUUUUGCCUGAAAAUUGAGAGGAAGCAAUUUUAAGCAUUUUCUU